GUAAGAAGUUUCGAGUCUCCAAUAUGGUCAAGUCUCCCACUUACCAUCACUGCUGGUAGGUAACUUUUAUGCGAAUGAGGUAUCAAAAUAAAUAUUUUUUCAAGCCGAAUGAAAAUAAUCAUAAAAAUUAUGUGUAAUUCAAUUUUCCAGUAUAAUUACCUAAUGGCUGCCGAGAAUAAGUCUGUAUGUUAGAUUGAGAUUUGGCAUCUUCUCUUCUAUAAUCUCUGGACUUGUGUAUUGAAAUUGAAAUAAAAUUAAGUUCUUACAAAUUCACGCAUCUCUUAAACGCCAACAGAAAAAAAGUAAACAAUCAAAUUCAGGCGUAAGCAACAUUUUGCUGUCAACAUUCGGAGAGAACCUCGUUUUAAAGUUAACAUGCGCGCUGCACCGAUAAUUCACUCAGCUUCCGGCGAAAACACUGCCAUGCCAUUUGCCCAUCUGCCAACCCUCGUCCACCGGAGCACCCCACCGUCCACCACAUCCAUAUCCACAUCAUCACCAAGCUAAGCCCGAAACACACAGUUCAACAACAACAUCACAUUCACAUCAAAGACAUUUCUAUCUGGGCGAGAAAAUGUUGAGAACGACAAUGUCUGAUACAAAAGAUACAGAUACCCGCUGCAUUUAGUAGUUAGUUUAGAUUCGAGGGUUGUUUUGGUCGGUUCGUUCUUUCGGGCGUCUGAAUUUCGUGGACGUUUUGUUGUGAGUCAGUGAGAUUUGCUUUAUUUUUAUUCAGGAAAGUGCAAUUAGCCGAUAUAAAGCGUACUGACUUGAUGAGAAGAAAAACAAAAAUCGAAUUGAAAAUAAUGUUUAUAGCGAAUAAUAAAAAAAAGUCAACAGCGCCAUUAAGCGGGAGCUGGUAGUGGGUACAGAUACAGUUUUAUAGCAAUAAAGUGUGAUUAAUGAUAUUUUUUUGUUUUGUUUAGAUAUGUCUACAGUACGCAUAAUAUUUGAUACAAGAAAGCGUUUUCUUAAAUACAAAAUAUUCCUACAUGUGUUUCAAAAUUAAAAAUUUCAAGUACUUACAUACACUAGACCCACUCUAUUUUCCCUUCCUAUCUGCCGUCGCUAUUUCACCGAAAAUAAUAUCACAAAAUAAAAAUAAUCUAUCGAGGUUAAAACUGUGAAAAAAGUGAGAAAUAUAUUAUAGUUGCUUAAUGUCUCCAUCUCCAUAAUAUGUAUGUAUAUACAUUUGUGCGUAACAAUGUCUAUGUCAACGGAAAAGGAUUAUCUGAACUGAAUUAUGUAUACACUGCAUGCAUAUGUACAUAUUUAUACCUAUUAACCUACGCAGUUUAAGGAAAAUGAGGCCAAACAUGAUGUUCACAAAGAAUACUAUUUACAUAAAUUAAAUCUACAUGCUGGAUUAAUUAUUUGACUGUCAACUAUGAUUACAAAAUGUGGAUAUUAAAAUAAAUAACUACAGGACCACGAUUAUAAAUUGCUUUAAAAUGACUUAUAAGAGCUGCAACCUUUUUUUUUCGAUGGCAGCGGGUAGAAGUGAAUAUUUUGUGCCAAGAACUACAAUUUGAGAAGAGCAACGAAACGUCCACCCUCAGGCAAGACUUACUAAAAGGAAUAAUUUUGUGUUGUGGUUAAGUGGCAUGAUAAAAGUAUGAAACUACGGAAGGCCUUAAAAUGUUAAGUGAUAGAAUGCAUUUUCUCCCUUUUAAUUUUAUAUUUUGCCUUACACUAAAGUUAUGCCCAAAAAUCUAUUUCCAUCAUAAGUGAAAAGAUCAGAAAAGUCCCUUGAAAAAAUUCCUUGUGAACAAAAUCAAACUUAAAAAAAAAAACAGAAAAUAAACUAAUUAACUUAAAAAAAAGUGAAAGAAAAUAAACAUAUCAAUCGAAAUUAUAUAUGUACCUUUAUAUAGUAAAGUGUUUUCGAAGGUGUGUGUUAUCGAAAUAAAGCCUUUAUAAAUCUUAAAGUCACAACGAAGCUCUCGAGAACAAGAAUCUAUCCCAUCCAUGUAUUGUACUAUGAAAAAUGGGAACAAAUCAAAAUUCAAUAUCUACAAAAUGUAUUUGGAGUAUCGCUUCUCAUCAACUAGUUCUCUUAACUGUGUUGACAUAUUUAGCUGGAAGAACGGGAUGCGACGAUACACAGGACUUUCAAAAGAACAUUCCAGCACGACUUGUGUGGGCGGCUGUGGGAAGGAGUGUCGAUCUUCCAUGCGACCUAACCCCACCCACAGAGCAGGAUUCAGUGAAACUACUUCUGUGGUUCAAGGACACAACAGGAAUUCCCCUCUACAGUCUGGAUUCACGCGGAGGAAAUGUCAAAUUAGCACCUCAUUCAGCAAUAGCUAGCGAUUUGGGGCAACGAUUGUUUUUUUCAAUCGGCGACGACCCCAAAGAAUCAAGAUUGCAGAUUAGUGACGUCAAGACAACCGAUGGCGGCGUCUACCGUUGUAGAAUAGAUUUUUUUAAUUCACCAACACGAAACUUUAGAAUAAAUUUAACAUUAGUAGUUCCUCCGGACGAACCUCGUAUAUUCGAUGCACAGGGUAAGGAAAUAUCCCAAGUUGCCGGCCCUUUCCGAGAAGGAUACGAACUUUUUUUAUGCUGCCAAGUUAAAGGAGGUCGACCUCCGCCAAAGGUUACGUGGUGGAGAGAUGAUAAAGAAAUGAUUGGUGCAAGUCACUCUUCCGUAGAAGAAGGUGUUGCGGUGAUGGUAAAUCAACUACUAAUUGGAACAGUGACGAGAGAGUAUUAUGGUUCGAAGAUACAAUGUAGAGCUCAGGGAACAAGGCUCAUACCUCCAGUAGAAAAAGAUGUCACUAUACAAGUUCAUCUAAAACCAGUACGAGUGAAAAUUGUAACGCCCAAUGACCUACUUACAGCUGGACAUCCUGUGCCUUUGCGAUGUGAAUCGUGGGGAUCAUAUCCCGCAGCGAAAAUAACAUGGUUACUUGAUGGAGAACCUAUACGAAGUGCUGACGUCACUGUACAUAGCGAUAGAGAGGAUUCCAACCUAACCACAAGCAUAUUAACGCUAAAAGUAACAUCAGAAAAUGAUAACUCAGAACUAACGUGUCGUGCAUCGAAUCCCUGGUUUUCUGGAGGCGCUAUAGAAGAUAAAAGAAUAAUAAGGGUAGCAUAUCCACCAAGUGUAUCGGUGCAUUUGGCAAACGAAGAUCCUAGCCGAGUGGUAACAAGGGCGGAGGGGCAGAACGUUACAUUUAAGUGCAGGGCUGAUGCAAGACCACCCGUGUCGACUUAUUCAUGGUUCAAAAACGGAAUGCGAAUGUCUGGUGAAAACUUGGAAAUAUUACAUUUAACAAUGUUAGAAAGAGAGAGUGCAGGUUCAUAUGCAUGUGGUGCAACGAAUACUGAAGGUGAAACAAGAAGUUCAAGUCUUACCUUAAAAGUACAGUACUCCCCAAGGUGUAAACCUGGUACAGAGCAAACAUCUGUGGGUGCUAUAAAUAUGCAUUCCAUAUCUGUUAAAUGUGAGGUAGAUGCAGAUCCUUCAGACUCAGUUAAGUUCAGUUGGACAUAUAACAAUACAAGGAACGUUUCUCCGGUUUUGAAUUCAAGAAUUCUAUCCAAUGGAUUAGUGAGCACAAUGACAUAUCUACCACAAACCGACUCGGAACUUAUAACACUUGCCUGCUGGGCUAGCAACGCUGUCGGACGUCAAACGACACCCUGUUUGGUUCACAUUCUGCCUGCCAAUACACCUGAAGCCCCAAAGGGAUGUGAAUUGCGUAACGAUACAUUCUUGGAGGUUGUUUGCGUUGCUGGCAGUGAUGGAGGCCUCAUGCAAGAGUUUCUUCUCGAGGUUAUCGGUGGAAAUCCAAUCUACUCGAGCGACACAACAAGAACUUUCACCGAACCUGAAACCAACGAUAAUGAGAUUUCAACGAUGAAUGAUCAGGCGACGCUUGCUCCUCUCUUUCGUAUGCAAGAACCAAACCCCAUGUUUCGGUUAAAUAACCUUGAGCCAGGAAGAGAAUAUCAAUUCCUGGUUUACGCAGUUAAUGCCAAAGGCAGAAGUGAGCCACCAGUAGUCAUUGAAAGAGUUCGAGUCGCUGCACAAUUGGGACAAUUGGGACCAUAUGACGGAACAAACCUACCCGAAGAACCAACCCCAGCUGGAACAACACAUCAGGGCAAUGAGAAGCAAUCAACUUUACUUAUAUUGGCUGCCGUGGUAGCGAUAGGCGCCGUUAUAGUUACGUCAAUUAUAGUUGCUGGAAUUGUAGUCGUUUGCAAACACCGACCGAGACCACCUGAGCCCCAGGACGUCAGAAAGAGUAUGAGACCCGCACGAACGGAUGUUCCCUCAAUGUACAUAGAAGAAGACGAAUUUAAUGAUGAAGAAAAUCCUAGACCUGCGGACAUUAGACACAGUAGAGUUGUCGGACCGAGAAGUAGCAAUAGCAGUCAUCAUUAUGUCUCCGAAGGAUUUAUCCAAUAUCCACAACCAAGUCUGAACGAUAGGUGGAUGACUGAAGUAACAUGCGAAAGUCUUGAUGAUUGCAUUUUGUAUAGUUUCUGGGAAACAAGUGAAGAUUCUUCCUAAAAGGAUAUAAAAUACGCAUAUUAGAAUACUAAAUGUAUAAAACGCAAAUUUAAACAAAAGCUUUGAAGUCUACUCUUUAUACAAUAACCUGUCUCAUCAUUAAUAAGAUUUGACCCGGAUCUGAUAUUAUCGCGAGGAGAAAUAGAGUUCACCACCCUCGAUGGACACUGCAAAUAAAGAAUAAGAAAUGCAGCAUCUCUCCGUUCGAUAAGAUAGUAUUAGACUGCGUAUAAUUUUAAAUAAAUUUGAGUUAAAUAAAUUUUAAAGUAUUUACCAGGUGCAUAUUGUGCUUUUUGUUAUAAAAUAUCAAUAAAACUUAAAAUAUACUUUAUAGCAAUAAAUAUAAAAUGAAAGUCCAAACUGUUUAUUUAGACUAACAAUGAAUUUAUAUAAGCGUGUAAAAUAUUUCUAAUAAAAAUAAAUAAAAAUACAAAACAAUAUUUAAAAAAAGGCAAAUUAAUAGACUUUUAGCACAUUUUUAAAGUUUAAAACAUCUGUAUAAAGUAAUAGGAUAAAUUUAGUUUUAAGAACUGUUGAAAUAAUGUUUUGAAAUAAAUAAAAACGUCACAAAAAAAAAUAAUCGAUACAAGAAGAAAAACAAUAAUGAUAAUAUUAAUAAAUUUACUGAUUGAAUAUUACAAUUUUUUAAUAAAAGUUCAAAUUGUGUUUUAAAGUCAUGUUAUGCCGUAAUUUAUUAUUAAAAUAAAUUAAAUUAUUGGGUGUCAAGCAUAAAGACUAACUGAAUUGUAAAUCAAAUAAAGUACAUUUUAAAAGUGAAA